CAGUACUACCAGUUACAUCAGCAACGGUCCGUGCAGCACCACACUGCGGCGGCGACGGAGAUGGUGGAUUUCGUGGUCGGGGAGGGGAAGGGCGGAGGAGGCGGAGGCGGAGAGCAGGGUCCGAGUUUUAGGGUUAUGAGGCAGCAGGUGGGCGGGGGCGGUGGGGGGGUGAAUUGUCAGGACUGCGGGAACCAGGCGAAGAAAGACUGCCCCCACCUGCGGUGUCGGACCUGCUGCAGGAGCCGAGGGUUUCCGUGCCAGACCCACGUCAAGAGCACGUGGGUCCCGGCCGCGAAACGCCGCGAGCGCCAGCAGCAGAGCCAGCAUCAGCUCGGCUUGAUGAGGUCGUCGUCGUCGCCAGAUCAUCAUCAUCUCCAGAUCAAACGCCAAAGAGAUGAUUCUUCUUCUUCUUCUCCGCUCCCAAUCACUCGCAUACCCACCACUACUUCUUCAUCUGCCUUGGAUUUUCCCGGCGGUCAGUUCCCAUCGGAGCUCAACUCUCCGGCGGUCUUCCGGUGCGUCAAGGUGAGCGCGAUGGACGACGAAAUCGACCAAUACGCUUAUCAGACGGCGGUUAGCAUCGGGGGCCACGUUUUCAAGGGAAUACUUUACGACCAGGGCCCUGAAGCUGCCCGGUCCUCUGGCGGCGGCGAGCGCCCAUCCACCGCUGGCCACCAACAAGCGGCGUCGGGUGCAUUGCUUGCCCCUUCUGUGUUUCCGACGCCGCUUAAUGCUUUCAUGGCCGGUACCCAAUCUUUUCCACCCCCAAGACCUUAAUUAAUAACCCAAAUUAAAGCUAAGUAUGAUCAUAUGUGUGUAUGUAUGAGUGUGUGUUUUAUAGAAAUGGUCUUUUAAAAAAAUGCAAACAAUAAUGGUGGUGAAUUGAAGGGAGCUCAGCUAAUUAAGCUUUGUGGCAUUG